UACCAUUCUGUGUCCUCCUCUCUUUCAUACCAUUCUGUGUCCUGCUGUCUGUCAUACCAUUCUGUGUCCUCCUCUCUUUCAUAGCAUUUUUUUCCCCCAUUCUUUUUCUUUUUCUCUUUUACAGUCAUUGAGCAUCCCGAAAACAAUGCAGUGUGGACAUCCCCUGGGACAGCACGAUCUCGCAGAAAGAGAGAGGUGACACCGCGAUUUGUUAGCUCCAAUGACAAUGUAGCCUAUUGCUCGGUGAAGAGUAAAGCAAGUUUGAUAUGAUAAUUGUUUGUAUAGGAGGAGGACCCAACCGAACAAGCAUGAGUCAUAGCGCACAGCCACAUCUUCGCUAGACCCUCGCAAGAAAAUCGAUAUUACAUGCUUGACCCAAUUAUCUUUUAGGCUACCUCCUCUGAUACCUCCUCUGAUCAGACCUGUAUCCCGAACCGCUCCAAUCGAAGGCGCGGCUUUAUGUCACGGAGACCUGCUUGAAAUUAUUUCAUUGAUAUUCAGCCGGGUGCUUCAGCCGCACCGUGGAAACAAACGGGCUAAAUAGCGCAGUAAUCAACCCCCGAAUAUGAAAUGAUACGGGGACUACACCGCACCAGGGAAUUACACAAAUAGAGAGGGACAGGAUUGUGGACACCUGGUUUGACUUUGGAUCCCUACAGUAGAAGUGGCUCAGAGGACUGUCUCAAUACAGGAUGGGAACCAACCCAACAAGGACAGUGACGGUCCAAAUGGUCCCUAAUCUGGCUGGAGUGGAAGCUCUGGGAAACCAGGAGUCUAACGCCAACUGGGCUAAAGAACCUAACCUGAACCUCACCCAGGGUUGCCCUGCCCCCACCACUACCCCUGCCCCUGUCGUUACAGAACACACACAGGUUAACCUGUGUCUGACAACCCCCAACACAACUUCCAGGAUCCAAUCAACUGGCCAUGGACAACCGGUUGGCGGAGGAGUGGGGUCCAACACCAACACAACUUUCUCGACCAAUGGCGAAGGAGGGAAAUCGGCAUCGGAGCAUGUGAUUGGAAUAGAGCAGCAGAUGGUAUUGACAUGCCGAGGAGGUGUGAGUGUAACCGAGGCGACGGCAGAGGGCCGUAGGGACGGCAACGCCAAUUUGACAGCGUUAACCCCCACAGCCGCCGCCGAGGAGAAGGAGAAGCAUAUCUGUAAGGCAAGCCUGUCGUCCGCCAUUACAUCAUCAAAGGUUGACGUGCAUACAAAUUACUGCAGAGAGAAAGAGCCUGGUGGAGCAGGGGCGGGGGAGGGGUGUGCAGCCAAGCCAUCGCCAGAGCCCACAGCAGUACAGAGUGCUACAGUCAGAGUUUCUGCAGUAGCUAAAGAGGAGUCACUACUAGAAGGGGACAACAAAAACGCAACCACACCAAAUCAACAUCCCCCUCAGACCUGUGAUCCAAAGCAUACCUCGGCCUCUGAAGUGCUGACGUCUCUGCCGACUCCCAAACAAGGUAAGGCAGAGGGAGCUGCAGUGACUUCAAACAAGGUUGCUCCACCUCCUUACAAAUCAAAAGAGGCUGAUAAUAGUGCUACAACACAGAGUCUCUCACCUUUACCUAGCCCUGCCACCAACCCUACUCCACCAGAACGUCCUCUACAGGCCUCUAAAGAAAAUAGGCCCAAGACAAACUCUCAGAACUCUCCUUCCCAAAUGGAAUAUAAUAAAACGGCAGCUACAUCACAGCCGGAACAGACCAAGGAGACUGCAGUAGCUCCUGUCAAUGCUGCCGUCACCAUCACGCCUCCAUCAUCAGACAGCAAGGAGAACGUAGGGCUUAGGAAUAAGGCCUCAAGUCCGGCACCUCCCGAGAAGAAGGAUUUAAAACCUACUCCAGUAGCAAAGACAGAGAUCUGCUUAGAUAAACACCUGCAGGCGGCAUCGUCAGAGUCUUCAUCACAGAAGGAUUCUCCCUCGUCACCCAACGAGGCCCAACAGAACCAACAGCCGGAGCCCCAACAGAGCCAGAACCAACAGCCUGAGGCCCAACAGGGCCAGAACCAACAGCCUGAGGCCCAACAGAGCCAGAACCAACAGCCUGAGGCCCAACAGGGCCAGAACCAGCAGCCUGCCCACCAUGCAGCACAAGUGACAGAUGAAGCCGUCCAGACUGCCUCGGUCUCGGAGGAGAUGCAACAGAAAGCCCACUGCAAACUAUACCGGGAGGCCUCCACCAUGACCCGCACCCCCUCCGCCACACCCACCGCCACCCCCACCCAUAGCAAGCAGGGCCAAGACGUGGAGGUCCAGGCAGUGGCUGACGUGUGCAGCCGGGCGGUCUCCACCAGCCCCAGCCUGUUUCCUCUGCCCCCGCCCUACAGGUCCACUGAUAGAGGUGCUGCCCUGAGGGAGGAAGCAGCAGCUGAGAGCCUGUCUGUGAUCUACCAGGUGCCCCUCCACCAGAUUCACAUGGGCAGCAGUCCAUCCUGCCCCCCGCCACCUAACUACACCGCAGGUCUCAGGUCCGGGUCAGAGCGAUUGACCCUGGAGGCGGGGUUAUGCUCCAGUCAGAGUGCCGGGGUGGUGCUCCAUGCAGAGGAGGCGGUGGCGGCCCUCCAUGCAGAGGUCGCCAGGCUGGGGGCCAAGCCUAAAGACCUGGCAGUCGGGGGGGCAGCAGCGCUAUGCAACAUCCAGCAGAGAGGAGCACUCCCGCCUCUGCAGCCCGUCUACCAGAUCAACAUUGAGCCGAGCGGCGGCCAAAACGAGCCGAUAGCUAAAGCGAAUCAUCACCAGCAUGGAGGCGAGAAGGCAGUGGCAGACUCCCAAUCCAAACCCAAUGCAGCAGAGAAACCAAAGGUGUCUAAUGAAGCGCAGACCGUGCCAACGCAGCCUGCCAAGCCUCCCUCUGCUAAAGCUCCAUCCCCCUUGUCGCCAACUGCCGCAAGCAAGACCAAAUCCUCCGACAAUAAGGCUGCUCCUCCUCCUUCGCAGUCAACUCCUUCCGUUACCAAGCCCAGCCAGGCCUCAACGACAACCUCCAAAAAAGCAGAGGACGUUAAACCCAAGACCGCAGUCAAAGCAGCGAAGCAGAGCAUUGUUAAGGGGGUUGGGGGCGUUAAGGCUUUGUUGGGCAAGAAGAAGCAGGAGCAGCUGGAGCCGGAGAGGAAGGAAAAGGAGGACGAAGACGAGGAGGGGAAACAGAAAGGAGAGAAGAGCGUGCACGAUGUGCUGUGGGACGAGCAGGGGAUGACCUGGGAGGUGUACGGAGCAUCCGUUGACCCCGAGUCCCUUGGCUUUGCCAUUCAGAGCCACCUGCAGUGUAAGAUCAAAGAACAAGAGAAGAAGGUCGUGACCCAGUCAUCACUCAGGAAGUCCAUCUCAGUGCCGCCGGUGGUGCCCGACUCGCCCUCCACCGUUGCCGUGGACGACGCCAACAGCAGGAAAAACAAGAGGAGGCAGCAGAACGUUUUCAGGUCCAUGCUGAAAAAUAUCAGACGGCCCAAGUGCUGCGCACACCCUCCCCCUACCGCCGUGCUGGAGUGAGAAGGAGAAGCAGCGGGCUGUAUGCAGCCCACACCCUCCCCCUACCGCCGUGCUGGAGUGAGAAGGAGAAGCAGCGGGCUGUAUGCAGCCCACACCCUCCCCCUACCGCCGUGCUGGAGUGAGAAGGAGAAGCAGCGGGCUGUAUGCAGCCCACACCCUCCCCCUACCGCCGUGCUGGAGUGAGAAGGAGAAGCAGCAGGCUGUAUGCAGCCCACACCCUCCCCCUACCGCCGUGCUGGAGUGAGAAGGAGAAGCAGCGGGCUGUAUGCAGCCCACACCAUCAGCUGAGUCCCCUAUAAAGCAGGCUGGUUCACCCCUUGUUAUGGUUCCUCCGAUGCCAAGCCAUGUGUGGAUAUUGGGAUCUCUCCCUAACCCUACUGGUCAGAUGUUGUGGUAUACAAUGUUACCUUAGAUAGGGUUGAUGAUUACCAACAGAAGAGGGCAAAACAAAAAGCUAAAAUAGGUUCUUGUUAUGGACAACUUAUUUUUUAGAUGAGAGAUUCUAACAGUAUUUAAUGAAAAAUGGCAAUAAUAUUAUCUUAGUGAAACGCAUGUGUGUUAGUACUUAUGGCAGUCAUAACUCAUUUUACCACUAUGAAGUCCUGGUGUAUACAGUACAUGCCUCUGAUCUUUAGGCGUACAUACAGAUACCUUUUACAGAUGUGCAACUAAAUAUCACUACUUCUCAGUGCAGUGGGUGCAUUUUGGUAUAUAUACAGUACGAUUACGUUCCGGGUGUAUUGAACAACCUCUAUUUAUAAGAUGAAUAUAUUAUUAUUAGUUUUUUUGUUGAAGAUUUUAUUUUGAAUUGGUAACUACUUAUUUUGUCUUGAUAAAGAAGAAGAAUAAAACCUC